AUGGCUGGGAAUCAACUUCGUACAGGACACGAACUUUCCUUGAAAAGGGGCCCCAGAUUUGCUCUGAGUUUCCAGGACAGCGUAGUAUCAAAUUCAUCAAUUUUCACUUGGAGAAGUGCAGGCACGAAUUUUUCAUCCUGCCAAAAGUGCCUGAAUAAAUUGAGUGGAUGCAAACCUACUGCUUUAGAGGAUGAAAAUCAUCCUGACUGGGUUCCAUCUCAAAAUUUGGAACACCAAUCCCAAAUAUUUUACAGAAAGCCUGAGGAUGUGGAAAGAAUAGAGAGAUUGAACAAAAGAAGAAGGCUUAAAGGGAGUGAUGAGCAGCAGAUUGGACAUGAGAAAACAGAUACCAACGUUCUCUCAGAAGCCAGAGACCAAGACGAGGUAGAGACUGGAACUGCGUCCCAAACAGAACUAACCAUGGAUGAACUCUGUGUAAAAUUUGAACAACUCAGCUUUGCUGCAAGAAAAAUGGAAGUUCUGCAAAAAAAAAUUGGAAGUUUCGCCAUUUGGUCUCAGGGAGGAAACUAG